GCGGGCAGGGCGGUGCCGGUGCUGCGCCGCCGCCGAGCCCAGCCGGGGCCGGAGCGGAGCGGGUUCCCGCCGCCCGGUCCCUGCGAAGCCUGCCAGGUUGGGAGGGUUGAUCUCCUUCAGCUCGGAGGCACCGGGAUGGGAUCUCAGCUGUCCAAGCCCCAAGGGCUGCCACGUUGGAAACACCAGGUCUUCAGCUCCAAAAGCUUCUGAGACAUCUCGUGCUGGUGGUCACCCUGGGGGUGCGCUGCAAGGGGCCGGUCCUGCUUUUCCUGGGGACACGGUGUUCCUGCUGCGUGCACGGGUUGUUGCUGUUGAGCCCAGCCUUGACCUUUACCCGGGAGUGUGUGCACAGUGGCUCUUGCAGAGCUUGCAGGAAUUGGGGUUGGAGAUCAGGAAGCGAGCCGUGACGCCGAGUCUCGUGCCCGCAGAAAGGCAAGCCCUGCCGUGAGGCUGCAGCUCCCCAGCCCCGCGGCUGGGGCUCAGGCCCCCUGUCCGACAGCAGCGGUGUCCUCACCCUGCAUUCAGGGGACGAGAGGAGCGUUCACAUGCCUGACCCCCACACUGCUGGGGUCCCGGCCUGCCCAUUUGCUGCCCUCCCUGCCUGAUGGAGCCAGCGCUGGCAGGGGACCCUCCUCAAGGCAGCCGGCUGAGCCCUGUGCAGGAACGUUAGUGGGACGUGGCUGGUGGCGUGUGCCACCCCAGGAGGGACGAUGGCUCAGGGCACCGGGAGCAUCAACAGCGACUACAAGGAUUGGGAGUGGAGCGCCGACGCCGGGGAACGGGCCAGGCUCCUGCAGAGCCCCAGCGUGGAGACGGUGCCGAAGAGCGGAGAGAGCCAAGGAAAUGGUCUGGGAGCCACAUCGGCUUUGGGAGCUGUCUUCAUCGUGGUCAAUGCUGCCCUCGGGGCUGGGCUGCUGAACUUCCCCGCUGCCUUCAGCAUGGCUGGUGGUGUGGCCUCGGGCAUUGCGCUGCAGAUGUGCAUGCUGAUCUUCAUCAUUGGAGGCUUGGUCAUCCUGGCGUACUGCUCGCAGGCCAGCAACGAGCGGACCUACCAGGAGGUUGUGUGGGCUGUGUGCGGGAAGGUGCCUGGCGUGCUGUGUGAGGUGGCCAUCGCCGUCUACACCUUUGGCACCUGCAUCGCUUUCCUCAUCAUCAUCGGAGACCAGGAGGACAAGAUCAUUGCUGCUCUGGUGACGGAGCCUGAGGAAGCUGGGAGCAGCCACUGGUACACAGACCGCAAGUUCACCAUCAGCAUCACUGCCUUCCUCCUCAUCCUGCCCCUCUCCAUCCCCAAGGAGAUCGGCUUCCAAAAAUAUGCCAGCUCCCUAAGCGUGAUUGGCACCUGGUACGUCACAGCAGUCAUUAUCAUCAAGUACAUCUGGCCUGACAAGGAGCUCACGCCUGUGGAGAUCCCCACCAGCCCCUCCACCUGGACAGCUGUCUUCAAUGCCAUGCCCACCAUCUGCUUUGGGUUCCAGUGCCACGUGAGCAGCGUGCCCGUCUUUAACAGCAUGAAGCAGCCGGAGGUGAAGACCUGGGGGGCAGUGGUUACGGCGGCCAUGGUGAUCGCUCUCUUCGUCUACACCGGCACUGGCGUCUGUGGUUUCCUGACCUUUGGGGCUGGUGUGGAACAGGACGUCUUGCUGUCCUACCCCUCCAACGACAUCCCCGUUGCCCUCGCCCGGGCCUUCAUCAUCCUCUGCGUGCUGACAUCCUACCCCAUCCUGCACUUCUGUGGCCGGGCUGUUUUGGAGGGUCUCUGGCUCCGCUACACUGGGGUGACGGUGGAGGAGGACGUGGUUCGGGAGCGGAGGAGGCGCCUGCUUCAGACCAUCAGCUGGUUCCUCCUGACCCUCCUCCUGGCUCUCUUCAUCCCUGACAUCGGCAAAGUCAUCUCUGUCAUCGGGGGCUUGGCUGCCUGCUUCAUCUUCGUCUUCCCAGGGCUCUGCCUGAUUCAAGCCAAGCUCUCCGAGAUUCAAGAAACCAGGGCAAUCAGCUGGUGGGCCCAGGUCAGCUACGGGGUGUUCAUGGUCACCCUCGGAGCCUUCAUCUUUGGACAGACCACUGCCAACGCCAUCUUUGUGGAUCUCACAGCCUGACUCCUCCUCCAGGCUGGACCGCGCUGCUGCUGUGGGGAUGCAGAUUUCCCCUUAGGACCAAAGGGAAGUGGAGGAGAAAACAUGUUGGCAUGUUGGGAAGAUCCAAGAGGAGCGUUGUAAUCUUGGCUGAAAGAGCCCUGCGGUGAUUCGUAUCUUGUUGUCUUAACGCACCAGGCAGUCAGGCUUGUCCUCUCAGCCCUGACUCCCUGGAGCAGCCAGAGCAUCACUACAAGGGGACCUGUAGUCCAGGUCAAGCCCUUUCUGCCCCUCCGGGGUAGACAUCACUACCUUAGACAUCACUAAGGGGUCGCAGUUGGGGUUUGCAAAGGCAUGCUGCUCUCACCCGCAUCCCCCUGUGCUGGUGGAGCUCCUCUCCACAGCUUAAACCCCUUUUUCUUGCAACAUUGGAGGGAGACAGUGUGUUUUGCAUAAAGGGAACUAGUAAUCAUGUUUUAUUGGACAGGGCAACAUCCCCGUAGUCCUAUUCUGUGUCAGUGUUUGGUUUGAACUCUGUUUUCCCGUAGCUCCUCUUGCCGGUCUCCUGCCCUUACUCCUACACCUCCCUCUGUCUGAGCUGCACUUUCUGUUACAAAGUGGGACUGUCACCUUCAGCCUGAGGUUUUUUUUGGAGGAUCAGGAUGACCCUGGGGUAGGGACACGCCGGUGCAAUGUUUCCCCUGCCGGGGGUUGCUCACUCAAUAGAGAAGGUGCUGUGGCUGCAUCGACCUGGAGACACUAUGCUAGAGCAAGGCUCUUCUCCAAAUUUCCGAUCCUGUUCUUCCAGGAGGUGUCCAGGGAACGGGACCAGGCCCGGUGUAGGUUUUAAGGGAUGUUUUUGGGAUAAAGCAGUCAGUAUUAAUCUGUUUUAUAUUGUUCCCUUCGUCGUUUACACUCUCUGUGGCUGGUGUUGCUCUGGGCUGUCCCUCCGUUCUCUGUCUGGAUGCUGGGUUGACCAGUUCCCCCAGCUUCAGAUUUUGUUGGGGGAGUCAAACCUCAACAGCAAACUUCUCUCGUUCAGUCUUUGAGUUCCCUUAUUCCUUGUUUGGCUUCUAAAACCCUGGGGGAGGGAGGAAUUUGUGUGCAUCUAUUGCUGCAUCUGUGAUGAGGAUCCAGCCCAGCUUUGUGCAAAACCUGGCUUUGCUCCUCCUGCGUCUUCUGGAAGCAGCCUGGGUUGUCGUGGUGGGAAGGUGAACUGUGGUGCGCUUCCAUGCCUCUCACUGUGGCUCUCUCCCUCUGCGACCAGCGGUGGUGGGUGGGAGAACACCAUAUGGGCACUUCCCCACAUGGAAACGUUUAAUCUUUCCCUACCAACGCUUGCUGCAUGUAAACAGGGACCUCCCCGCCGCUCCUCCGGACAAGGCAGGGAGACCCAGAUGGAGGAGGAAGCCUCAAGCAUAGCGUGAACGUUGGAGGGACCCACGCGUCCCUCCUGCCUCCCCCGAGGUACUUCCAACCUCCGUGCCCUCAACUUUUGACAAAGCCAGGCUCCAGCAAACCCCCCAUUUGGCACUGGCUGCCUCCGAGCCCCUUCGCCUGGCUCCUGCCUGAGAGCUGGCGCUGGCGUUUGGGGGACCCCUUGGCAUAAAGAGGAGUGUGCCCACCCCAGCACCUCCUGGAUGUGGGGAGACCAGACCCACGUCCCGUGGAGCACAGCAGGGACCGGGACGCUCGAGGCUCAGCAGAUGCCAAGCCAAGAUGUGCCUGUUCCCCAAGAUGGAGAUGGGUUUGGUACCUGGUGGCUUUUGUGGCUCUGGCUUUCCCGAAGGAGGGAAGGACCAGGAGGUCCCAUGGCCGAAGCGGAGCAGCUGUGGUGUCCCACAGCUCCGGUUGUCACCCGGUGGGGGUGAGAGCAGGGGGGUACGGAGGUGCUGCGGCCGUUUCUCUGUUUGCCUUACCGCUCCCCUGACUGUUUACAAACACCGGCCUUUUUAAAUGUAUUUUCUGCGUGCAGAAAGCGGAGGGACCUCGACUCAAUAAAAGUGACGUUGUGGUGCGUG